AUGCUUUCCAAUAUUCAAAGCAUGUGUAUUAUCCUUCCAUUGUUAUCCGGACUUGCCCAUGCCGGCCUGGUGCCCCAGAAGAGAGCCGAUAUAUGUGGUCAAAAAGGGUAUGAUCGUGGCAAAGGCAACUACGACUAUGACAGCAGCGGCAAAUACUCGACCUACGCAAAAUGUUCGGCUCGCUGCGUUGCAGACACAAAGUGCAAGAGCUUCGGUUUCGGCGGAAAUGAAUGCUUGCUCUUCAACGUGGCCGUGAGUGGCAACUUCGACGCCGACUCAGGCAGCUCUGACACAUACUACGACCGCGGAUGUGUGUCGUCUUCCCCAGCACCGGCUUCCACUUCAACAACGACAAGCUCGUCAAAAACCAGCUCUUCCACUUCGAAGCCAACUAGCUCUUCCACGUCGAAGCCAACUACGUCUUCGACAACAAAGCCGGCAUCCAGCACGAGCCUGAGCACCAGCACUGUCAAGCCCUCUACGACGCCCGCCACCACGCCUUCAGCGACGUCCUCGACUGCACCAGGCGUGACGGUCCCAGCAGGAUGCAACGUCCCCACGAAGUUCACCAUGACCUCGUUAAAUUGGUUCAACUCAACGCACAACCUGGACUGCGCCAACCCGAACUACCCGUCGGACGCGAGGGUGUGCUGGAACAGCGCCUCCAACACCGUCUGUGCCGACGGUGACCCAUCAUGCACUUGCACGCCGUACUGCUACACCGGCCUGCCUUCGGCUGCCUACCAGCCACUGGGCUUUGGUCCACCGGACACCAUCUCUAUCGGAUUCGCCAACGGUGCUUCCUGCUCCGCAGCCAACGGGCAGUCCAUCCGCCGCUAUGAGAUUGGCGAGGGCCAUUUUGCCUGCGGCAGCGCGGCGGACUACAUUGGCUUCUACGGUAAUUCCAACAAGGACACUGGCAACACUGGCAGUGUGUACUACAACAAUUACGCCAAUACGUGCAAUGGCGGGGUCCCGCGGUAUGAGGGUACCUUCCCCCUGAUCUGCACUCACGAUGCUGGGAACAAUGCUACCUGCACUGCGCCCGUGCCUGUGGAAUUGACCUUGGUUUCGCUGUAA